AUGAGCUCGGUCCAGCUGGCCCCCCAAGAGCUGGCCCGCUGGCGGGACCAGGAGGAGAAGAGGAGCCUGGAGAUGAUUGAGCAGCUACAGAAGGAGCCGUGCAGCCUCCCGGCCUCCAAACUGACCCACAAGGGGGAAGUCGAGAUCCUGCGGGACAUGGACCAGAUGCUGACCCUGGAGGAUCUGGUGGGACCCAUGGUGUCCAUAGACGGCGACCCACUGGCCCUGCCUGCCACGUCGAAGGGCACCACGGAGCAGCACGAGGACACCACAGAGCAGCACGAGCACUACUUCCUAGACUCCAGCUGCCGCAUCUGCAUGGACUGGAAGCCCUUGUGUGAGCAGCCAGCCUCCUUCAUAGCCACCAGGAGGAUGGGGGAUGACGCUUUCCAGAGAGCCCCAAGCCUAGUCCGUAUGUCCUCUCCAGAGAUGCCCCAAACCAAGGAGAAGCCUCCCACGGAGCCCAAGGACAGGGUCCCUCCCUCUAGGCUCCAGAUGCCUGCUGGGUCCACAAAAGCCCUGCCCAGCCAGCCGCCCUGGGAGGGGUCUCUGGACAUGUUCUCCAUUAAGCGGUUCCAGGUCAAGGCCCAGCUGGUCUCGGGGCACAGCUUUCGGCUCAUCCGGGCCCUGCCCCAGGUGAUCCGCUCUGCAGGCUGCAUCCCCCCCAGUGCUGUCUGGGACUUUCUGGCUAGCAUCUGCCCAGCCGAGGCCAAGGCCUGGAAGCCACUCACUCAAGCCUGUUGCUGGCGGUGCUGCUCCCCAAGGCAGGGCUUCUGGACACAGCAGAGUCCAGCCCCUUGGGGGGGAAGGUUCGCAAAAUGCUCUCCUUCAACAGAAAAGUGGAGAUGA